GUCUGUACUUCCCUUCUCAAAAACAAUGGAAAUGUAACCUUCACGGCAUCGUCUAGUUCCGUUGGUCCUGGGUAUCCUGUGCUACAUGGCCAAGAUGUUUGGUGUGCCAAAUUCAUAAACGGUGAACAGUUUCUGAAAGUGGAUUUAGGUAAUAUUUCAGAGCCCUUGUUUAAAUUUAGAAGUAUUCCGUAGGUAAAUGGGUGCGACCGUAAGGAGCCCCCGAUCAUGGGUUUCGUGUUGGUCAAAAUCUAGCAUGUACAGGCUGUUAUACCCGAUGAACUUCCGUCAAAAAUAAUAUUAACGAAAAGAAUGCAGAUUUGCUCGUUACGGCCUAAGGUAAGUUGACCACUCCAGAAAAUACCAUAACAUAGCAUAAUGCUCUUUCUUUGUCGCUCCAAAAUUUUGCAUAAGCAUUGUUUUCAGUUUCUCUUGCGGCCAUUUUAACUCCCAAGAGAAACUGAAGACAAUGCUUAUGCAAAAUUUUGGGGUGAAAAACAAAGAGCAUUAUGGUAUGUUAUGGUAUUUUCUGGAGUGGUCAAUAUAGCUUAACUAAGGUAAAAGCAAAAAGAUUGACAUGUAGUCCUGACUCUCUAUCCUUUGGGUAAUACUGCUAUGAGAUAUAACCAGGCGUUUUAUGGAAAGGUAAAAAAACAGAGAAUCAUGUUCCUUAAGCACAUUUUCAAAGUAAAUUAUUCCGAUGAAGUGACUUGGCAAAAGUAGUAAAUAAAGAAGGAAUAAUUAAAAAGAAUAAAAAAAAAAGAAGAAGAAAGAAGGAGUGACUGACUGGCUUACUGACUGACUGGAUAAAUGAAUGAAUGAAUUAAUGAAUGAUUAUAUAAACGAAUCAACCAAUCAAUCAAUGAGUAUAGUAUAUAGUAUAGUAUAGUAUAGUAUAGUAUGGUAUGGUAUGGUAGUGCUUUUCGUCUUCUAUACAGUUUCUUUUGCAAACUAAGUAUUUCCUUAGUCUGCUGGUAUGGAUGCAAAUUUAUUUUGAUAUUUUCCUGUUUCUAAGCGUAAGGAGUGAAAUCCUAAUCGUAGCUUCCUAAUGCUGAUUUUAUGUGCUGCAUUUCUACCUUUUUAACUUGUGGAUUACGCGUAGCGUAGGAACGAGUUAUUAUGGGCACUGUGAUAUGCAAAUGUAUCACUCAGGUGUAGACACUUUCGUAAUUAGUCCGUCCGCACGAGAGCGCCCGAUAUCAAGAAGACAAUUGCCAUAGCUUGAUCGUUCCCGAACGUCCCUUCGUCUCCCAAAGCUCACAACGACUAUUAGCUGUAUAUCAGGAGGUAAAUAACUUCCAGCUCAUUGCUGGAAGGUGACCUCAAAAUGAGUAGAUCUCAUGCUAAUGCUAAUGCUCAUGCUAAUGCUUGUUGAUGAGGAUGAGAGUUUACUUAUUUGUCAAACAUAUGUUAGCAAUACUGUUGAACGAGCAUUUCUUGAAAGAAAAAAAGUCUUGUAAGCACGCCAAGCACUGGCUGCACAAUUGACAAGUUCAUGAUGCGAAUUAUUAACUACUGAACAUGUGGUCAACCAGGAAAUAAACAUCCCUUGGAAAAAAUAUAUAUAAUGAUUUCUGCUUAAAUACUAGUAGAAAAGUUGGAGACUUCCGCCGUGCCAGAGAACUGUCGAAUUUACAAAUAUGUAAGAAAAUUAAGCUAAUUAAAAUGUUCUGAAAGAGUUUAAAGUCAAGUAGAAAUGCAAUGAGCUUUAUAUUACAUAUUAUAUAGAAAAAACUUUUUAUCCUUUGAUUGUGGAGUUUACCUUGCAACUAGAUUGUGCAGAAGUAGACCUGUAGGUAAAAAAAAAAUGCUUGUUCAUCUUACUGUUGUAUGACAAGGUAAAAGUAAUAUUGUACUGUUGUGGCAGAUGAGACACUUAAAAAUAAAAAUGGCGGAUGUGAUAUAUAUAUAAUUCAGCAUUAUGUGUGGCCCUAAAUAAAUAUGUUCUUGCUGUGAAUAGUUGUGGUAUGGAUCAUCGGUUACAAAGUGUGAUGCUUCUUGCUGUUUGCAAAAGUGGUAAAACUAGUGCAGACAGCACCGAAUGGGGUAGCUCAACAUAUAAUUUGAAAAAUGAGCGCAAGAGAUUAUGCUAUGAUUCGCGUAUGAGAUUAAGUUUUACAGUUUGUGUAUAAACUAAGUGUAAAACAUGCAAAAAGUACAAUUGUAAUGCUUCAUGAGUAUUUAAGUAGAUAAAAGCUUCAGUUAAAAGAUGGCUAUCUUUUUUUUAACUGAUUCAAUCUGCACCAAUAACAAAAAAGAUAGGUCUUAAUGUGUCGGUAGAGAGAGGGUAUAAGCCAAGUUCUGAUCUAGAAGCUAAGUUUUCCACAUACCAUGAGACGUUUAAUGUUUGUUUGCAAAAAUUAAUGUGAACUUAUUUAGCUUGCUCAAUUGUACUUUUAUCAAAAUGUGUUUAUAACACUGAGCUAGAAUAUUCGCCUGAUCAAAGUCACUGAACAGCGCGAGCGUGCUUCAUAUUCCUUUUGAGCACGCUGAUGACGUUAACAAACUAAAACCUCGCCGGGUUCUUGUGAGCUUAGCAAUCCUCCUAAGUACAUCCAUAACUUAACAGUACAGGAUGAACUGUUUUCCACGUUUUUUGUAAUGUUGGCUAAAUAGAAACACUUUCGUUUGAGUUUGUUAACAGAUAGUAGGCAAACGUCGUUGUUGUCAUCUGCGCGAGGUAUGGCGUGCGCAAAUCAUUUUUUGUAAAAUUUUUUUGUUCAAGAAUAAUUUUUCGGUGAAUUAAAAGUUUCCGGACGCAAUAUGGAUUCUAAAACCUUUCUCUUAGUUUUAAAAAAAAUAAUAAAUAAACAUUGCAAACAUAACUGUGAGUCAAAAACAGCAAAUAGUCAACUAGACAUUGACGCGCACUGCUUUGAGCGCACGCUAUAGUUAUUGUAAUAAAAUUUUAAGUUAACUGCCGCAUUGAAAAUGUUAUAAAACAUCUGUGCGUAUGUCGAGAUAUGAAGCACUUGAGAAGUUUGGAGAGCACUCAAGAGGCUAGAGUUGCUCUCGGUAACUCAUGCGCUUCCUUCUCGAUCCUUCUUGCUCUCCAAACUUUCCGCGUGCUUCAUAUCGCGACAACCGCAUGCUGACUCAUGAACCAAUGAUUAAUUUACAUGACAAAAAUUCAGGUCCCUAUAUUUCACAAUCAUAAAGAAGUAAAGGUUUUACAAGGGCAUCAAAAUUCAGGUCCCUAUAUUUCACAACCAUAAAGAAGUAAAGGUUUUACAAGGGCAUCAAAAUUGAAAGGAUUUUUUCUUGUAUCGACCGCCGCACAAUCGAUGUUAGAAUGCAAUUGUUAAAUUUUAGCAGCAUUUUUGCAGAGGAUUUCUCUUACAUAGGUGGUACGUUUGUGAAUGAAUGAAAGGAAGAAAGAAAGAACAAGUGAACGAACGAUCGAAUGAAUCAAUGAAAGAAUGAGAGAAAGACAACUGCACAGUGAUUUCUGAUUUCUUUUCCUUAUUGAACGCUAUUUUAACUGCUUUUUCUAUUUCUAUCAUAAAAUAUAGAAUUUAGGCAUCAGAUUACUAAAAUGUUAUUAUUAUUAUUAUUUCAUUCUAGAAUUUUAUUUAUCAAUUUAUUUCUAUUACUUCGCUGAUUUUUAGGCUCUAUCUACACAUUUGAUCAAGUGUUUGUUCAGGGAAUGCCUGGUACCCACAGAUCUGUCUUCAAGUAUUACGUGAAAACAAGCAUAACUAGACGUGGUUUUGUCCAAAUUGAAGGAGAGGGAGGUCAAAAGGUAUUGUAGUAAUAAUAAACCAGUCUUUAUUUAAGUAUCAGUAUAAUUCUACAUCCGCACAAGUAAAAGGUUCAAGCACUGUUUCGGGUUAUUCUUUUUUAACUUUUAAACUUAAUUGAGCCAGAAACUCUUCCCUGUAUUGGCUGUUUAUUUUUCCUUGAGAAAUAACGUCAGGAAUGAUCGAGCUCCCAUAGUUAAGAAAAAGAAGCAUUUUUUUUUUUGAAUAUCAAUCAAUCAAUUAUUAUUAUUAUUAAAAAAAGAAAAAGCAGUUUUGUCACCGAUUCAAAUUGGCUUGUUGAACUUUAUCGACUGACUGCAAUUCAGUUGCUAUUUUUUUCUAACAACAAAAACAACAACAACAAAAAACAAAAUUAAAAAAAACACAAAACAAAGCAACGACAACAAACAAUGAUUUUCCAUCAAGCCAAUGAUCAGUUCAAGGGGAAAGGUUUGGAAAAUGCUAUUAUUUAAAUGUGCAAAGUGCAUAUUUCAAUUAUAAUAAAGCUACUUGGGCACAAAAUAACAGAUAACACUGGAAGGAAAGAAAUAAAUCCAUAAGUAAAUAAAUCAAGAAUGAGAAAAACUUAUCUUGAUUUACAUUGUGAUUCAUUAAAGAAGCGCUGAACGAUAUACGUUGUACGUUCACAGAUGGGUGUGGAACGUUACUGACUACAUUUAGCCUUGGUAAUCCUACAGUUUCAUAGUCAUUAAACACACAAAUAAUUUAUUAUUUUGUAUCGCUCCCUCUUUGGCAGGUCUUUUUUGGCCCAUAUUGUGACGGAGAUGCCGUGGUUGGCACCAACCUUACCAAUCCCGUGCAGGCCCGUUGGAUUGUUUUUAAUCCACAAAAACCAUUUUUUGGCAAUAGUCCCUGUAUGCGCAUUGAUAUUAGGAGCUGUCAGAACAGUAAGUGAUAAAUCUUUAUAAGACUAUGUACGACAACGACUGUCGUCUUAAGACUAUUUUUUUCCCUCAGAUUAUAUUGAGAGUCUGUUUCUGCUAUAAGGAGACUGUGGUUGGGUAGCCUCUUCAAGGUAAUGAGAUUCAAUGGCGGAGACGUGGCAUUUGAAACUUGAACGAUCGUGUCUGCGUCCACAGCACUAUCAUGAAACCACACAAAUAAAGUGUUAUUUUCAAGUAGAUUAUUUAUCGAGAAAUUAAUCAUAAUUGACAAAUGAUAACAGGUUAAUUAGCUUUUAUUUUUCCUCUACAGCACCCCCAGCAACUUCAUCAACAGUCCAACCAACUUGCAAUUCACUGCGACCAGGUAUCGAAUAUGCUAAAAAUAGG